UUGAGAAAUAUGAAAGUUGGAAAAAAGAUGGGAGGUCCCAUGAGUCUUGAGAAGGAUGUUUAUAUGAGGUAUUUUCCAUGAAAGUAAGAUGGAUGGCUCCAAGUUUUUUUCUUUUUUCUUUUCUCCCCUCUGGACAGUUCUUGCUUAAAGGCCCACAACUUUAUACAGAUGAAACUCAUCAUGGAAAAGAUGAAUGAUUGCAUAGAAAUACAAAACAUACCAGCAAGAAUGCCACCAACUAGGGAAUUAACAAACUUUUUUGGUGUUUGUGAUUUCAGUCUAUUUUCAUUAGUCUCUUAGUGACUUUACUAUCACAUUUCUUGGUGUUUGUGUUUUGAGAAUUCAAGGAAAAUCAUCCCUUCUCAGUUUCUUAACUGUGAUCCAAGCCCUCAAGACUUGAUCUUUAUUUGAAGUAGCUUUUCUUGUUUGACUCACCAAAUACCUUGAUUUCAGGAGAUGAUCAUUGAGGAUCUCACAAUAUUGUGUGAAGUUGUGGUGCUUCAAUGGCUAAGAAGAGAAGCUGGUUCUAUCGAGUGAGAAGGUUAUUUACUUCUGACACACAGUCAAGACAAGAAAAGGAAAGGAGAAGAAAAUGGAUGUUUUUUGGAAAGUUUAAGGUCAAGAAUAGAUUGGCCUCCAUUGCAGCUCCAUCAUCACCACUAAGAGAAGAAGCAGAGAAGGAGCAGAGCAAGCAUGCUCUAAGUGUUGCUCUUGCCACUGCUGCUGCUGCUGAGGCAGCUGUUGUAGCUGCUCAGGCUGCGGCCGAGGUGGUUUUGCUCACUGGUGUUCCUCAUUCUAUCAAUGAAUAUGAGAAAGAAACCGACCAUUUAGCCUUCGAAGUUCAAGGUGAUGCCCCUCAUUCCACUCAUCAACAUGCGAGGGGGAUCAAAGAACUGGCUGCCAUCAAAAUUCAAGCUACCUUUAGGGGUUACCUUGCAAGGAAAGCUUUGCGGGCGCUGAAGGGGAUAGUGAAGCUUCAAGCAAUUAUCCGAGGGCGGAACGUGAGACGCCAAGCCAUGACUACUCUAAAAUGCUUGCAAUCCAUUGUAAAUAUCCAGUCACAAGUCUGUGCAAAAAGGAUCCAAAUGGUGGAAGGUGCUUGGACCUGUAGUGAAAAUAAACAGUUAGAAAAUUUGAGUGACAAGAUAAUAAAGAUGGAUAUGAAUAGUGAAAGAAGAUGGGAUAGCAGCCUUCUGACAAAGGAAGAGGCAGUUGCCUCGUUUCUAAGCAAGAAAGAGGCCGCGAUUAAGAGAGAACGGAUAAGAGAAUACUGGUUCAACCGCCGGAAUUCAGCUGAAUCGGAGCGAAGCAAGCCAAGUGGAAGGUGGAGGUACUGGUUAGAUCAAUGGGUGGAUACUCAACUUGUUAAGAGUAAAGAGCUUGAAGAUUUGGACUCAGUUUUAACCUCAAAUCCAAAGCCUGGAGUGGAAUAUAGAGGAAAGCAGAUUAAACUGAGAGGUUUGCAGAGACUGUAUCACCUUGACAGUGUAGAUUCUCCCAUUUCAGCUCCAAGAAAAUCCUUCCAUAGAAAGCAAUGCUCGUUGGGAGAAGACAAUUCCUUUUCUAGAUCUCCUGUGGUUCCAACUUACAUGGCAGCAACUGAAUCUGCCAAGGCAAAAACAAGAUCAAUGAGCUCACCAAAGCUAAGGCCAGGGAGUUUUGAUGCUUACUCUGACAGCUAUUCUCCAUGUAAGAAUAAGCUUUCUCUGAUAUCAUCUACAACUACUGAAGUGCCGAGCAGUGCUAGGUACGGAAGGCCUAGUGCUUAUCAGCAAAGGUCUCCAAGCUUGAAGGGCCUUCCGGGUCCGAUAAAAUGUAACCGGCCAACGUCGAAAGUUCUUAGCUUUGAUUCAGAUUGCUCAUUAAAGACUUGGGAUAAACAAAGUUCCUUUAGAUGACUUCAGACUUGAGUGGUUAAGUGCAAGUAGUUUUGAGUGCAGAUGUAAACACAUACAACUUGAAUGGAUAUAUGUGUGUCUCAUUCAA